CACCGUUCAUGCAAUCCUCGCUCAGUUCGAUUCCCAUUCACGUUCUAUCUCCUGAAUCACUCCGAAACCCUUGCCCCGCCGUUUAUUUCCUCUGUCGCCGUUAGGUUUCCGUCACCCUCUUCUCUCUCAUUUCCUCCUCUACAUAAUUCAUCGACUCCUAUCCUGAAUCAUCCACAUCGUGGGAUUUCGUUUCUUAGGAAUUAGAAUAGAAUUGUUUCUGGUUCCAUUUUUGCAGUUUUUUUUCUCCAUUUUGUGCUGUUAGAAUUUCCUUCUUCUGACGGAUCGGCGUGGGGAUUUCGGGGUCCUGUAAGCGUGGUUGUGGCUCCCGUUCUGUUGUGACCGGAAUCUCUUUUUGCUUCUUUUGAGGGGGUAGCCGGGGCCCCGGCCUCGGCGGGUUCUAAAGCCCCCACCUGAUACAACAUCUUUCGAUUCGGUUUUAGAAAUAAUCUGCUGCAUUUUGUUAUUGAUUCUUUGAUUCUUUUCCAACCUAUCAAAAAGAACAGAUCGGGAGAGAGAUGCCUGCCCUCGCUUGCUGCGUAGACGCAGCCGUUUCCCCUCAGCCCUACGCGUUCUCCGGCUGGGAUAGCGUUCUUCCCGCUUCUCCGCCGUCACACAACACCUCCUCCGUGGCCUCUGCUUCCGCCGUUCCCGCAGUCUGGUCGCCCGCCCACUCUGCGUUGCUUUACCGGGUGGACGGGUGGGGCGCUCCCUACUUCACCGUUAAUUCUAACGGGAAUGUCUCUGUCCGCCCGUAUGGCCCCGACACCCUGGCCCACCAAGAAAUCGAUCUUCUCAAGAUCGUGAAGAAUGCUUCCGCCCCGAAAACUUUGGGCGGGCUCGGGCUUCAGCUUCCUCUUAUUAUUCGUUUUCCCGAUGUGCUGAAACAUCGCCUUGAGUCUCUUCAAUGUGCUUUUGAUUUUGCGAUUGAAUCUCAGGGCUAUCAGGCCCAUUAUCAGGGCGUUUACCCGGUGAAAUGCAAUCAAAAUAAGUUUGUGGUUGAGGAUAUUGUGAAAUUUGGGUCGGGUUUCCGUUUUGGUCUGGAAGCUGGUUCCAAACCAGAGCUUCUAUUAGCAAUGAGCAGCCUCUGCAACGGAAGCCCUGAGGCACUCUUGGUUUGCAAUGGAUUCAAGGAUGCAGAGUACAUAUCUCUUGCUCUGGUUGCUAGAAAGCUACAUUUGAACACUGUCAUUGUGCUAGAACAAGAGGAAGAGCUCGAUACCGUGAUUGAGAUCAGUAAGAAACUAGAAGUGCGGCCCAUAAUUGGGGCCCGGGCUAAACUGAGGACCAAGCAUUCAGGCCAUUUUGGUUCUACCUCUGGUGAAAAAGGAAAAUUUGGUUUGACAACAAUGCAGAUUCUCCGCGUUGUUAAGAAAUUACACGAUCACGACAUGCUAGAUUGCCUGCAGUUGCUGCAUUUCCACAUUGGAUCUCAAAUUCCUUCUACUUCUUUGCUGGCCGAUGGUGUAGGAGAAGCUGCACAGAUCUACUGCGAAUUAGUCCGCCUUGGUGCUUGUAUGAAAGUUAUUGAUAUUGGUGGAGGCCUUGGAAUUGAUUACGAUGGCUCAAAGUCUCAAGAUUCUGAUAGUUCUGUUGGGUAUAGUCUUCAAGAUUAUGCUUCAGCUGUUGUUCAAGCUGUUCGACUUGUGUGCGACCGCAAGGGGGUGAAACAUCCAGUAAUAUGUAGUGAAAGUGGCCGUGCAAUUGUUUCUCACCACUCAAUUUUAGUUUUUGAAGCUGUUUCAACAAGUUCCCAUGAUGCUCCGCAGAUAUCUUCUCAUGGGCUCCAGUAUUUUUUGGAGCGGUUGACUGAUGAUGCUCUUUCUGAUUACCGAAAUUUAUCUUCUGCUGCAAUUCACAAUGAGUACGAUACAUGUUUGCUUUAUGCAGAGCAGCUGAAACAGAGAUGUGUUGACCAGUUCAAAGAAGGGUCUUUGGGAAUGGAACAGCUUGCAGCAGUUGAUGCUCUUUGUGAACUGGUGUCAAAUGCAAUUGGUGUUUCUGAUUCUGUCCGCACGUACCAUGUGAAUCUUUCAAUUUUCACCUCGAUUCCUGAUUUUUGGGGCAUUAGCCAGUUGUUUCCGAUUAUUCCAAUUCACAGGCUUGACGAGAGGCCAGCAGUGAGGGGGAUUUUGUCUGAUUUGACUUGCGACAGUGAUGGCAAGAUCGACAAGUUCAUUGGGGGUGAGUCCAGCUUGCCUUUGCAUGAAUUAGAAGGCAAUAGAGGCGUGAAUGGUGAUGGUGGGGCUUCUUAUUAUUUGGGGAUGUUUCUAGGUGGGGCUUAUGAGGAGGCGAUUGGAGGAGUUCACAACUUGUUUGGUGGCCCAAGUGUUGUGCAGGUUUCGCUGAGAGAAGGCCCUCACGGCUUUGCUGUGACACAUGCGAUUCUUGGGCCAUCUUGUGGGGAUGUGCUCCGACUGAUGCAGCACGAGCCUGAGCUUAUGUUCGAGACCCUCAAGCACCGUGUGGAGGAAUUUUCCUCCAGUGAUGGUGGCAGCAGCAGCAUGGCGCUCAUAAAUGGCCUUGCUUGCUCUUUUAAUAACAUGCCUUAUUUGGCGGCAGCAUCCUCUUGCAGCCUGACUGCUGCUGGUAUUAAUGGUUACUAUUGUUGUGACGAUGAGGAUUAUGCAGCUGCUGCUGCUGAUACAGUUACUGCUGAGGAUGAGCAGUGGUCUUACUGUGUUGCUUGAGUUGAUCAUCAUGAAGCUUUUGCAUCUCCAGUGGUUUUACUUCGUGGUUGUGGGCGCCUGUACUGUAAUUUGUCUGUUCCAGCCGAAUCAGAAUUAUUUUCUUUUUGGAUUAGUAUGUUGUUCUUUUCUUGUUCCUUAGUUCGUGGUGAUGUACACGGGUGCAAGAAGCAGGAGCUUGAGUCCUUACGUUCUGUGCAGAAGUGGCUACUUGAGCAGAAUCACUAUGAUUCUGUUUUGAAAUUUGGUACUCAAAAUUCCCCCUUGCUCCUUGUAAUGUUUUCUCCAGUGUCAUCUUGUGUAGACUUUUCUUGUUUGUAAUAAAUUCUUGGUUGAUGUUUA